UCUAUCUCACACCCCCACAACCCCUCACCCACCCAGCUUAUACUGCUUCAAAACACUAGCUAAGCGGCAGCAGAGCUUUGAUCUACAGCCAGGUAAUCGCCACUAAAUUUUCUUUUCAACACUAGCUAUUUGCUUGACCGUGUUUAAUUAGGCUGCAUGCUAAAAUUGUCUCUCAUCUCCUCCGCGCCGCCGGAAUCGCCGGCCGGAGAAGGCUGUGACCGUUGUUUUUUUUGUUUCUUGUGUGAACAAAUCAGAUCUGGCGUCACUCCUUGUUCGUUUUGCGAGCUGGUCUGCGGUAUGGUUUGCCGGAGCUCCGGUCGCCGAAUAAGGUGGGUGUGCUCGGUCUGAAGUUGGCUGUUUCCCUGAGCCUCGUUCAUCUGGCUAUUGGCCACCGUGGUGCUAGAGGCAGCGUCUUGGACGAGCGGAGAUAUCAGAAGUGCCGUUCUGGAACGACCUUAUCAUCGUCGAUCUUCUUCGAGGAGCUGCACCGCCCGCUGAAAGGUGGUCGAUGGGCAGUCUCUUCCGUCGAUGAGGAGCAAAGCUGCCCGCGCGGUCGAUGGGCCGCCUCCUCUGACUCAUUGGCGAUUUCUCUGGCUGAAGGGCACAGCCUUACCUUUUACUCUAGGCCAAGAAGCCUGAAGGGAGGGACGCAGUUCUGCUUCCAAUCAGUGACAGUGAUAGUCUCAUUUGCGUAAAUAUGUGUCUAUCUUGAAGAGUUGCUUCAGUAAAUGGGAAGUUAAUUUGUUGUAGCUAGUGACCUCAGAAGUAACGGAACUGCUGUUGUUUCAACUAGGAUAAGUAUUGUGGAGCAUAACAGGCGUGCAAAUGGAUCUUCCAGCUAGUAUGAGUAUCACAAAAGGUGACCUGGAACGCAUGCUAUUUGAUGAAGACGCAGAACCAAAGGCCCUGCCACUCUCACUUUUGGCGGAAAUCACAGAUGAUUUCUCUAAUGAGCUGCAAAUUGGAGCAGGUGGCUUCGCGGUGGUUUAUAAGGCAAGACUUGAUAACAGUGUCAUCGCUGUAAAGAAGUUGUCUAAUACGUACAUGCGUGAGAAAGAAUUCCACCGAGAGGUGGAAUGUCUCAUUAAGGCGAAGCACAGAAAUGUCGUCCGUUUUCUAGGAUAUUGUGUCGACACACAGGGGAAUAUGGCAAGCUACAACGGGAAAAUGGUUAUGGCAGAUGUACACCAAAGGUUCCUCUGCUUUGGGUAUCUACCUAAUGGAAGUCUUGAUGUGCAUAUCACAGGCAUGUUAAUGUUUCCAUCUUUAUUUUCUGUACUGGAUAUAACAGGUUCAGCCUAGUCAAGGAUAUAGCUGAAAUAAUUUAUCAUGUAAUAUAUGGUAUCCUGCAUUCAGAAAUUAACGAUACCAAUUAUUUGAAAUAUAUACUAAAUGACGUCC